UGAUUCAAAUUUUGAAAUUCCCAAUUUUCCAGCACUUCAACUUUCGAUAGAAUCCGCAUUUGUUCGCCGGAAUAUUGAACAAUUAAAACAUGGACUUCAAUUCUCAGGGGAUUAAUCAACUAUAUCCACCGCGGAUUCCUCCGCCCUCGAAUUACGACCCGUUUUCCGAUCGUUGCCGUCGAGGACCAGAUUUAGGGCACAACCAGCAGCAUAACUUCUACAGAGACCACCAAUUUAAUCCACGAAAUAUGCGAGAUGCAGCCGAAAUCGAAAUCGAGCUCGAAAAGGAAAGAAUCCGAGAGGAGAUGAUCAUGCACGAAAUCAGAAAAAGGCUUUACUUCGAAGACGAGGCAAAGAGGAACCAACUGAUGGAGAGAGAAUCGGCUCUUCCAAGGUGGGGCCCGUAUUUCUCGUCUCCGAAAAUGGACUUCAAAUCGCAAACAAGUAUUCCAUUAGCUCACGGGAGGUCUUUAGAGGAAAGAAUUGCAAUUUCAUUGGAGGAGAAAAUAAGGCUGAAUGGAAGGUUCCAUAGAGGUAGUGCUGGUCGGAGAAUUUCGAAGCCUUUCAAUCCCGAACGUGGUGAGAGUAUGACGGGAUUGAAGAGGAAGGCACCUGGAGUUGAAUUUCUACCAAAUCAUUUCUUGAAGAAGAAAGCUAAGGAGGAGUGGGAAUAAAGAUCAAUCAGAAUCAGUUCGAGUCGACAAAUAAAAAAAAAAGUCUGAUCGAAAGAAUUAUAAAGCAGAGAUUUUAGUGUGAGAUGCGCAAUUCCGCAUCUUUUCUCAGAAUGCUUUGGAUGACCAUGAAAAGGCGAAGAAACUCAUUGAUAUAAUUGCAAUUCGGAUGACUCGAUUCCCUGUAAAUUUUGCUUCAAAUUUUGUGUUCUGGUUCAAAAUUUUGUGUUCUGGUUCAAAAUGUUUCAUUAUUCAAAAUUGCCAAUGAUUAUCUUGGUAAUGUUUUAUUACCAUUGUAAAAGUUGAAGUUAUUUGAAAAUCGAAAUGUAUCUACAAUACAAAUAACUUGUUAUAACAAAAUUGCUUCUGUCUUUACAUCUUCUUCUACAAGCGACAGAAGUUAGCAAACUUCACGCCGAAAGCUCGAAAAAAAAAAAAA